ACAUUUUAUCCACACAUUUCUAUCCUCUUAUUGGUUAGAUUUUUCAUGAUUUUUGUCAUAAAUUUUUGUGUGGUGAUAAAUGGCCUGAAGUGUUUCUUGUUUUGAAAUGUUGCUUUGAUUUCGAGCUAUCUUUCAGGUCGGAAAUUCCGAGCAUCGGAGCUGGCAUGGGUUUCCGAUCUGUGGAUAUUGAUUUACGAUAUUUGGGAGGGAAACAAUCAACAUGGCUUCUUUUGCAUUGCUAGGGUUGAUGAAAAGCCAGGGGUUUUGAGGGGUAAAGGAAUUGUUGUUAUGCAAUGUCAACACCGAUGUGGAGGGUUCAUUAAUACAUGCAAAUUGGGUGAUAAGAAUAUGGACAAUCCAAGUUACCCUGUGAUGAUGGAGAAAGAUGAUGAGCUAACAUUGUUCUAUGAAAUGAGUAAACUAGAGAAGAAACAUGAUUAUCUACAUCAUGAUUCUGAUAUGUUUCAUGCCCCUCUUGGAUCAACUGGGGUGAGUUCUCCUAUAUUUAGUAUUGCAUCAACAAUAACUGGUUUUGAGAUUGAUGUUGAUGAUUUGCUCAGUACAGAGAAUGAUAAAAAUGACUAUGAAUGGCUUAUGACACCGCUUGAUACACCUGUUUCCCCUUCAUUAGAGUUUGAGUCGACAAAACCUGAAACAAGUGUACGGGGAACUACUGAAACGUUUGCACUUGCAAAAACACGCAAACUAUCAAAUCCACAUACUCAGCCCAUUGCAAAAAGCAGUUUCACAUCGAAAGACUCAACUCCUUCGCGAUUAAACAUUUCAAAUGCAUCAAUUGGCCGAAAACCCUUGUCAUCGGGUAAAUUAAAACCUUCAACAACCUCAAGUGUGAAACCGACGAUGAAGAGCGUAUCCAUGUCAGUAUUGACCUCGUCAUUAGCUAAACCAACAUCUAAUAUAUCAUUAAAAAGAUCACACACAAGAGUGGUUUCAUCUAAAUCAACACAAUCAACAUCAUUGAAGCGAUCCACUCUUGGACCACAAAUGUCAACACCAGAGAAUCCAUCCAUAACUUUGAAGCCAAAAAUAAUGUCCAAAUCAAUACCAAGGAAGUCAAUCAAACAUCUUCAAUCCCAACAAGCUAGUUCUCCAACUAUGAAACAAAGACUACUAAAAGCCCCCAACUCAUUGCCUCUCUCUCUUAAUGCAUCUCCGAUGAUAUCAUCAAUACCUGAAAAGAAGAAGCCAGUUUUUACCAGCACUGGUAGAUCUGGAACACAUGUUGAAUCCUCUCUAAUCAACGGAAGGGGCGUUAGAUGGAAAUUGUCUUCUUUGGAAAGAGGGGCUCCACGUCCUCUUAAUUGUGGUAUCACCCAUAGCAGUAGAGGAGACUCUGUUACUCCCUCAGCUAUGAGUAGAUUACAUGGUAAAGCUAACACUAAAGUCGGCCCUAUAGUGGUUGGGACUAAAAUGGUCGAGAAAGUGGAGCAUGUGUGGAAAUUGGCCUCGCCCAAGCAAGAUAGUAGCUCUAGACAAUCUCCAUAUGUUUCUUUUUUGUCUUCAGAGCCUUCAUUGACUUCAUUGACUGAUAGUUUGGGGUUUGGAAGGGCAAACUCGAAGAGAUCUUUGGAUAUGGCUAGGAAGGACACAGUAUAUAUGAAAGUUAAUCUCUUUGAAAUUCACUUAUUUUUUUUGUUUUUGUUUACUCUUAUCAAUCUUAACUUGGCUCUUUAUGAAAUAGGAUAAAAAGCGACUUGUUCCAACUAAUAUGAAGCCAUUGAGAUGACUGAAAUUCCAACAUUAUCAUCAAACAGAAAUAGUUCAGGGCCCCAAUCAUAGGCGGGAGCUUUUCAUACAUACCUAAGGGUGAUCCACUGGCCAAGGGAUGUCUAGUGGAAAGGGAUAAUAUGUGAUCAGACUCCCCUUCACGUGAGUGAUAUUAAGGGCUAAUUGUGUGUGUAAUGUUGAAUGGUUGAUUUUCAAACAUGGAAGCAAUAUUCUACAAAUAGAGUAGUCGUGAUUUCCAUGGGGGAUACUUACAAGAUGGUUUAGUUAUGUAAAAGUUCAUGUGAUUUAGUGGAAUGUGUAUGUAUUACUAGAUAGAAGCCAAUGAGCAAAUUAAACAAUCUUCUCUAGGAUAUUGAUCGCACACAUGAUGUAUAAAAGGC